CCCAAAAUCUCUUAGGAGCCCUUUGGCUUUGUUUCUCUAUUACGUAGUUACUUUUGUUGGAGUUAGGGAAACAAAGCCGCAGCUGAGAUCGGAGAGGCCUGAAGGUCACAAAUUUAACUAUAACAUAAUGGCAUUCCCGAGGAGAUUAUUUCGGCCUAGCAAUGUUGUUGUGCUAGGUUUGGCUCUCGUGAUGAUGUCUCGUGUGGCCGAGGUGGCGGCCCGUGGCAAAAUCUACAGCCUUGAGCCUCGCCGUGGGCUUCUUCAAGAGGCUGGAGUUGUCGAUGUUACCAGCUUUGGCGCCAAGGCGAAUGACCCCCUGUUUGACAACGCUCAGGCAUUUAUUGAAGCAUGGAAUGCUGCAUGCAAAGGACCCGGGCCAGCGAAGUUGGUGAUCCCACCAGGGUCGUACAUAACCGGGGCGGUCGUGUUCCAAGGCCCAUGCACCUCGAGCCCGGUCACGGUCGAGGUCCAAGGAACUAUAUUGGCCUUGCCUGACCCCAGCGUGUACACUAACGGUGACUGGUUCACAAUCGAGAUGGUCGAUGGUAUCGUGUUCAAGGGCGGAGUCUUCGAUGCCCAGGGCCAGAACCUCUGGCAGUACAAUGACUGCAAGAGCAACCCCGAUUGCCAACAUCUCCCAGUCUCCAUUCACUUAAACAAAGCCCAGAAUGUGGCCAUCGAUGGGGUGACCUCCCUUAACAGCAUGGGCUUCCACGUUGCCAUGACAUUCUCGUCGAACAUCACAGCCACCAAGCUCAACCUGACUGCUCCUGGUGACAGCCCUAACACCGAUGGCAUUCACAUCAGCACCACCAGCUCCGUCAACAUCUCCGACAGCUUCAUCUCCACCGGUGACGACUGCCUUGGCAUCAUCCAGGGUGCCUCUGACAUCUCUGUCACCGGCAUCCAAUGCGGGCCUGGCCAUGGUAUCAGCAUCGGGAGCCUUGGGAAAUACCCCAACGAGCAGGACGUGAGGGGAGUGCACGUCAAGAACUGCACGCUGACCGGGACCACGAAUGGAGUGAGGAUCAAGACCUUCCCCGGCAAGCUGCAGCUCGAAGCCUCCGAUAUCGUCUUCGAAGACAUCGUCAUGAACAAUGUCGCCAACCCGAUCCUCAUCGAUCAGUACUACGGCUUCCAUCAGAAACUCUCGGCAUCAAGGGUGAAGGUGCACGACGUCCACUUCAGGAACAUCAGGGGUACCUCUGCCUCGCUCGUGGCCGUUUCGCUUGCUUGCAGCUCGCUUUUCCCAUGCGAAGGCAUCGAAUUGGCCGACAUUGACUUGUCCUACACUGGAAGGAAGCCCCUGCCCAUCUCUGCUUCGUGCACCAACGCCAAGCCCACCUUCUCCGGGAAGCAAAACCCCCCUUCUUGUGCUCUCAUCUAAGAUUCAAUCCGUCCAUGGAUCGACCUAUCAGGUUGAUUAAUUGAUGAUGAGAUUGCCAUUCUUUCUAUUCCUCAGCGUUGGAAAACAGGAUAUAAGGAAAUGCAAGGAAAGGUGGGAAUAAAAGGAAAAUUCUUUUAUGCCAAUUUAAGGGCAUGAUGAUGAUGAAUAUCAUCGCGGGCUUUAUAUCAACAUUUCGAGCAUUCCUUUAUAAUGUAGAUUGGGAAAGAAUGAUUCAUAUAUACGAAAAGUUUUAUUUUAUAGUAGCUUUGCGAAUUGAGUCAGGUGAUGAGAAUCAUGAGAGCUUACUCGUCCAGAAAAUAGUAAUUUGUUGGCAACUAUUACGCGUAUGUACAAUUUUCAACUAUAAUUUGGCACAUCUUCGUGAUAUGUCGACAAUCUCUGCAGUAAGAUGAGCAAACU